AACGAAUUUGGAUACAUAGAAAGAGGGGACAUUUUCAAACUUUUAACACCUGUUUUCGUUCGGAGAUGAGAGAAGUUCAGACUGAGGAAGAAUUAGAACAGGCUAUCAAAGAAAGUGAAACAAAGCUGAUGAUACUAGAUUUUUUUGCGGAUUGGUGUGGGCCUUGCAAAAGAGUCGCUCCAGAACUGGACAAAAUUUGUGAAGAAUGUGAAGAUGUUUUAUUCAUAAAAUUAAAUGUAGAUGAGUUGGAGUCUGCAGCCGAAACAUAUGCUAUAGCUGCAAUGCCUACAUUUAUUGCAUUCAAAGGCGGCGAAAAAGUGGACGAAGUUGUUGGUGCAAAUUUAGACAAACUGAGAGAGAUGAUUGAAAAGUAUAAGUAAAUAAACCACAGGGGCUAAUAAAAAAUCAUUUCAUUGAACAUCUUUCUGUAUCACAAUUAGUCAUAUAUUGCACUUAGUUACUAUUAUAUGUAAAAGAUAUUUAUGAAUUGAGCGACAUUUAACCUUUCAUUAAUUAAAAUUGAUGAUAAAUGUCUGUUAACACAUAUAUGAGAAACGAUACUUUAGUUUUCAUUAAAUAUGUUCACUAAACAAAUAUUAUAUUUCACUACAGCUGA